AUGCAUCACAUCCACCUCUCAGACGCCGCACUGGCACUGUCCCGCAUCCUCCACUUCCACCGCAUCCACCACGGCUUCUUCGGCGGCUUUGCGAUCCUGUCGACAACACAAUCGCCCAGCCGGGAGACCAAAGACCUGGACGUGCUCGUGUCGGCAACCAAAUCCACCAUCACAUCUCUGCUAUCGCAGCGACACGGCUGGCUCGAGAUCCCGCAGAACCGGGAAGACUACGUCGCAUAUUUCUACCGCAACCCGUACUCGAGCGGCUCCUCCGCCAGCAGCAUCAGCAGCACGAGCACCGAGUCCGAACUCGAAGACAAGCCCGCACCCAUGGUUUUGGUGGAGAUGUUCGUGGGCCACCAAGCGGAGCGGUUCCCCGUGAGCAAGAACUGCGUGCUGCGGGGGCGACACAUGGGGACGAGCUACGUGCCGAUCCUGAGCGAAGAGUACCUGUUCCGUGGAAAACUCAAUGCCGCCGCCACCCGCGGGAAGAAGGGCGACGUCGAUGAUAUCCUCUACCUCGUCGAGACGUAUGCGGACGUCAUAAAGGACCGCCUCGACGGCGUCGAUAAGAAGGUCGUCAAUGAGGCUGUCAGGAGACAUCCUGAGCUUAGGCGCGCCCUGAUGAAGGUCGGUAUUCGCGCACCCAGAGCACCGCUCCAGUGGGGGCUGAAGAAGGAGAAGAUCGUCUUCUCGGUGGUGCCCGCGAAGACGUGGGAUGUUCACCGUGGGCUCGGGUGGCGCGAGUAG